GAGUCAGAAGGGUGCGACAGGCUUUCCGAUAACGCUACACGCAACCGAAAGCGAUAGCACGCACACACACACACACACACCCUCGUUGGCGCGCUAGACCUAACAUCAAUCGUUUGGGGAGCCAGUUACCGCAAAAGAGAGUUUGCGCGAUGGACGCCCUCGAUGGUGUGCCACGAUCCGUGCUCGGCUACCCGGUCAAGACGCGCACCCAAAUAGUGGCCACCUUCCUGGUGCCGGUGAUCUUCGAGCUGAUGCUGUACAUUGUGCUGACGACGGCGGACAUACUGAUCACGGUGGAGCACUUCCGCAACGGCGCUCCAACGUGGGCAUGGUUCACGCUCACCCUUAUCUGGCUCCCGGCCGUGGUGUGCUUCUGCUCCAUCGUAUCCACCCCGGAACGGUGGCCGGAACGCAUUGGAUUUGACGAGCGUACGGGUCGCUUCCUGUUCAACCAGGUCGCGAUACUUGUGUUCUUUCCGCUCGCCGCUCUCUACCGCUUCAGCCGACGCAUUUUCUGGAGCGUCGAAGCCCUGUUCCACGACAAAGGCUCCUACGGCCGUGCGCAAGCCGUCGCCAAGAUAACGGAAACGUCUCCCUGCGAGCUGUACCACUUUCUGCAGGCGUUCCUGCAGGCCGCCCCCCAGAUGAUGCUGCAGCUGUACAUCCUGCUGCGGGACGGCACGUUCCGCAACUACGACACGGUCACGGUGCAGGUGAUCAGCGUCGUCUGCUCCUUCCUCACGAUGGCCACCAUCAUUACCGGCUAUCAGCGCUUCGAAAGCCAGAAGAUCGUUGGCCGCUGCUAUCCGUGGAGCACCGCCGAGCAGGCAACGCAACGUCGCAAGCAGCUGCUACGAUCGACGAGCACGGCCGUGUCGGCACUUGCCACACCGUCGAUAGCGCCCGAAGCGGAUCCCAUCGUGCCGAACAUUAUGCGCAACUUCUACUCGCGCUACGGCAGCGAAGGGGAGCGUGAAUCGACGGCAAAUGAGCGAGUGGCGGUGCCGACCGCCGAGCAAAGUCCCCGGAAAACGCUCAACGUCGGUGCGUUCAACUUCGAUCGGCAGCAGUCGAAAGCGCACCAGGAUCCGUACGUCAACUUUACGGACGAUGAUAAGCUGCAGGAGUUUAGCGGGCCGCCGGACACGGUCGAUCGCGCUGGCUCAAAGUCCCGACCAUCGGGGCGUAGCGUUAGCUUCAAGCUGCGGGACACGGCCGAGGAGCUGGAAGCGAUGGACCAUUAUCUGCGCAGCGCGGAAGACGUCCGCGGGUACGCUACCGACGACAGUGACGACGAGUACCUCAAGCCGGACGGGUUCGAUGCCGUACCGAAGCGGCCGGCCCCACCAACACCGGAAGCGGCGGCCGGUAUGUUUCACCGCGUGUCCGUCUUCCGCCACAUGCUGCUCUUCAAUGCGGAAGCGUACAUAAAGGAGAAGGUGCCCCGGCUGCCCGAGGGCAUGUUUGACCAUGCGAAUCCCAAGGAAGGAAGCCGGAAGGCUCAAGGGACGGGCGAUCAGACGGAUGGAGAUGCGAUAUCGCUACCCUCCCGGCGCCAAACGAUCGUGGGGCUCGAGCAGGACGAUGUGGUAGGCAAGGCGGUACUGUUUCUCGGCUGGGUAAUGUUUCUGCUGAUGCGCAUGCUGGCCCUGUCCACGUUCUACGUGUUUUUCCCACUGUACUUCUGGAUGCUUGUGGCCAACCACUAUCUGCUGAUGAUCGCCUGCAUCGUGUACGAGGUGCGACUGCACGAAAAGCUCGAGCGCUACUUCUUCUACCUGUUUCUCGCCUACAUGUACGUGUUUUCGCUACUCGAGUUUAAGAUACGGUUCGUGCACGUGCGCUGGUGGUACGUCGGGUACAUUGGGCUGGUGCUGGCCGAAAAUGUGGCCUCGCUGGUGCUGUGGUACAACUUGGGUGCGUUCGAGUCCUGGUGGUUUUACUUCCUGCACCACACGAUCGUGGCGAGCGGGUCGUUGAGCGUGCUGUGCUUCCUGUUCUAUUACGCGUUUCUGCGCCCCAAGGAUAAGGUGUUGUUCGUCAAUGAGGACUAGUGUUGGGGUUUGCUGAGUGAGCGUCCCAACGUGCAAAGGUUGCUCUCUAGGGUAAGCCAGUUUGUGUGUGUGUGUGUGUGUGUGAUUUUAGUUCAUUAGAGAUAUUUAUUUAAACUGAUGUAUUAACUUUGCGAUCUAUUUCAACUAUUUUUUUAGUGCUUUAAUUUUUGUAACCCAUUUUGAUUACUAACGUAAGACGCCCAGCAAUAAACAAUUGUGUAGCAACGGUAGUAGAAAGGUGAUCGCCACCGAUAAGUGAGAGUGAUAAUAGCUUUCAGCGGUAUCCUAAAUGAAGCAUUACCGGUGUAAUUAAAUUUUACUACAACCAAACGGCCGAUCUUUCUCCGAACCAUCCUGCCCCAGACCAUGCCACGCUGCCAAUCGAAAGAUUAGCUAAAAAUCAAUUACACCUUGCAGCAAAAGUAAGACAUAACCGUUUGCUGUGCCCAAAACUUGGCAGCCUCCGACCCUUUUGCGAAGCUUUGCCAUUUAGAAGAGCCCAAAAUUGGCAUUCGGGUGACAACCAUUUCGCUUGCCGCUUGCUGUCUCGUUCCCGUUCUUUUCCUAUUUGGGGCCUUCAAAAAGCCCCUCCACCGAGCUCGAGCGCAUAAUCUCAAAAAGCCAUAAUCCUCCGUGCCAUCGUGACUGGAAUUUCAUGCGUUUUGUUUCCGGGGUGUUUUGCCUGGCCCCGGUCUCCCACCCUGUGGGAGGGUAUAACCUUGCAAUGCCCCACUAAAAAUUAACAACUUUCCAGAUAAUGCGCCACUGCGAAACGGAACAGAGCGCGUGCGGCCCAACCCAAAAACCGAUCCGAUCCGAUUGACGGAAAAAACGACAGAGACUAUUAAUGUGAUUUACUGUUACGGCUGAUCGUGCCCGCCUAUCGGAGCAGGGAGGGGGGGAGACAACUGCUGAUGGAGCGAGAGGAUUGCGGGAUGGUCGUAAUGUUUUAAUCUAUUAAAUUGAUUAGAGAUAAAUAUUUUAUGAACGCUUGAAUCAACUUCAACCAAUCAUAUCUUGCAAACGGGCCGGGGCUGUAGCCCGUGUGUUGUGCCGUUCCAGCACGCGAUUCACAAAAGCAUCGCCAUCAACCCCCCCACCCCGAACGUGGGUGCUAAUGGCGGCAUUCACACAUUCUCCAUAAUGUUGAGCCUUUCAAGGGGAAGUGAUUUUCCGGAAAGAGUUUUAGCACCACCAGCAGCAGCAACGACAAGAACAAGGAAAAUAAAACGCCAACAUGUUCCGGGAAUGAAUGGCGUACCACUGCCACUGGUGGCUGAUGGUAGUGUGAAGCAUUGCACGCGGUAGGCAACUUUAUGAAUGGAGCUCACUUUUAUUACACAUCCACUGGGAUGGGUGAGACGAAAUGGGUAAUCGGAAAAUGCAACGAUGGCAAGAACAAGGAUGUUUGAAGCCCGUUGAAUAUCCGGAAGCGUAUCAUUUGUUCGCUAAUGGUGCACGGCGAGUGGCAGGAAAAUCUGUUAAUCACACAUUGCUGCUAAAUUGCGUUGCUAGUUUAAGCUUAAACUGCAUUCAAUUACAUUCGGCUUCUUUCAUUACGAUCAUUGCGUUUCGUUACAAUGUGAAUCAUAACCGAUAUGAUGAAUCUGUGA